GCGCAAUGUAAAUCAUAGGCUCCUGCAUUCCCGUUGAUCAAGUCUAUGUAAAAGUAGUAUGUCCUCAUUGCUAUCAUGCUACUCCUUACUUCAAACAACAUAUUGCUUGGUCAGGUAUUUAUACAUCAACCAUACUCAUCAUUCACUCCUUUGUUGUGUUCUUUCUUUCAUUUUACUUCAGUAUAAGACUAAGACUCUUUUUAUCAAUCUUAUGAAAACUGUCCAUAUAUUAAUCUUCUGCGUUUCGGUGCUUGUCAAUGGUGUAUUCCUAUGGGAAAUCGAUAAGACUGAUCCGGAAUGCCAGGGAAGAAUAAAAUAUCCUGGAAUAAUCAACGUACAAGGGAAUUCAGUCAUAGGUGGUCGUAAGAUCGAAAACCUAUUGCAAGCUUGCCAAUGCCGGUUAGUUGGGUCUGGUAGUAUUUUUCCUCCAAAAGUAUCUUCGCUUUAUUGUACAGCUAAGGAUGGUAAAAGGUAUCGGCUCGACGGCAGUAAGAUGGUUGAAACUAAAUAUUAGAAGAAUAUUCGAUGAAAAGGCAUUAGUAGAGACCUUUCCGCACUCAUACUCUUUAUCUCACCAUUAUUAACUUAUGAUUGAUUGAUAUCUUUAAUCGCC